GCGAGCCGCAGCGCCGGAGGCCGCGCUCUGCCCGCCGCCAUGAGGCCCCGGAAGGCCUGCCUGCUCGCGCUGCUGCUGGCGCUGGCGCAGCUGCUGGCCGCGGCGGGCGCCCGCGGGCCGGACGACGAUGCUAACAAAGAAGAUGCCAUGGAGGACGAGGACGAGGAGGAAGACGAGGACGAAGACGAGGACUUGGAAGUUAAGGAAGAAAACGGUGUCUUUGUGCUGAAAGAUGCGAACUUUGACGACUUCGUGGCUGACAAGGACACGGUGCUGCUGGAGUUCUACGCUCCCUGGUGUGGACAUUGCAAGCAGUUUGCUCCAGAAUAUGAGAAAAUCGCCAGUACCUUGAAGGAGAAUGACCCCCCCAUUCCUGUCGCCAAGAUCGACGCAACUGCUGAGUCGGGCCUGGCCAGCAGGUUUGAUGUGAGCGGUUACCCCACCAUCAAGAUCCUUAAGAAGGGGCAGGCUGUCGACUACGAGGGCUCCAGGACCCAGGACGAAAUUGUCGCCAAGGUCAAAGAAGUCUCCCAGCCCAACUGGACGCCUCCCCCAGAAGUCACGCUUGUGUUGACCAAAGACAACUUCGACGAAGUGGUCAGCAACGCAGACAUCAUUCUGGUGGAGUUCUAUGCCCCCUGGUGUGGGCACUGCAAGAAGCUCGCCCCUGAGUAUGAGAAGGCGGCCAAGGAGCUGAGCAAGCGCUCGCCCCCGAUCCCUCUGGCGAAGGUGGACGCCACCACAGAAACUGACCUGGCCAAGAAGUUCGAUGUCUCUGGCUACCCCACCCUGAAGAUCUUCCGCAAGGGCAAGCCUUUUGAUUACAACGGCCCACGGGAAAAAUACGGUAUCGUGGACUACAUGAUUGAGCAGUCCGGGCCGCCUUCCAAGGAGAUUCCAACCCUGAAGCAGGUGCAGGAGCUCCUGAAGGACGGAGAUGACGUGCUCAUCAUCGGGGUCUUCCAGGGGGAGAGCGACCUGGCCUACCAGCUGUACCAGGAGGCCGCUAACAACCUGCGAGAAGAUUACAGAUUCCAGCACACUUUCAGCACGGACAUAGCCAAAUUCUUGAAAGUCUCUACCAGCAAGUUGGUCAUGAUGCAGCCUGAGAAGUUCCGGUCCAAGUACGAGCCCAAGAGCCGGGUGAUGGACAUCCAGCAGGGCUCCACGGAAGGGUCGGCCAUCAAGGACUACGUGUUGAAGCACGCGCUGCCCCUGGUGGGUCACCGCAGGACAUCCAACGACGCCAAGCGGUACUCCAAGCGCCCCCUGGUGGUCGUAUACUACAGCGUGGAUUUCAGCUUUGAUUACCGAGCAGCUACUCAAUUUUGGCGGAACAAAGUCCUGGAGGUGGCUAAGGACUUCCCUGAGUACACCUUUGCUGUGGCUGAUGAGGAUGACUUUGCCACGGAGGUCAAGGACCUGGGGCUCAGCGAGAGUGGCGAGGACGUCAACGCCGCCAUCCUGGACGAGGGCGGCCGCAAGUUUGCCAUGGAGCCCGAUGAGUUUGACUCUGACGCCCUCCGCGAGUUUGUCACAGCUUUCAAGAAAGGAAAACUGAAGCCCGUCAUCAAAUCCCAGCCUGUGCCCAAGAACAACAAGGGCCCAGUCAAGGUCGUGGUGGGGAAGACCUUCGACUCCAUCGUCAUGGACCCCAAGAAGGACGUGCUCAUCGAGUUCUACGCGCCCUGGUGCGGGCACUGCAAGCAGCUAGAGCCCGUCUACGCCGCCCUGGGCAAGAAGUACAAGGGCCACAAGAAUCUGGUCAUCGCCAAGAUGGACGCCACCGCCAAUGACAUCACCCACGACCGCUACAAAGUCGAGGGGUUCCCCACCAUCUACUUUGCCCCUAGCGGGGACAAAAAGAACCCAAUUAAAUUUGAGGAUGGAAAUAGAGAUCUGGAGCAAUUGAGCAAGUUUGUCGAAGAACAUGCCACACAGCUGAGCAGGACCCGGGAAGAACUUUGAAGGCGCGCGGUCCGCGGAGAGGGUCAGACACUGUGGCUUCCGCGGGAGGCGCCUGCGUCGGAGCGCCCGAGCUGCCAGUCAGCGCGGCCCGGGGUGUCCUUGUUUGUUUUUACUGUUUUAUACUCUGGCAUUUCACCUCAUGCUCUGAAUACUGAAUAGCUACGAAUGACUUGAUAGUUUAGGCCUGAUUUUUACAGAGGAAACGUCUAUUUUUAUCAUUAUUUGGGGUUUGAUUUUUUUUUAACCUUUCACUUCUUUAAUAUAUUUCCUCAGAGCAGAUAAGUUCAGUCUCUUCUUGUGUGAAUGUUUUUUUUCUUUUUUUAAUUUAAAGUUUA